AUGGCUUCAUCUUCACCAAUCGCGUCCGCUUUCUCAUGGCUAGGCAAAGAGAACAGUCCAAGCCCAACAAUCCAGCCGUACGGCUACAUCGCCACUGCCUUCUUGGUCGUCGUCUUUUCCAUCUUCCUCAAAGUUUCCAAACACGACGAUUUACCCCUCCUGCAGCCACCGCCAAAGUGGUUUAGACCGACCUUCCUAGCACAGAUUGAAUUCUUCAAAACAGGAAAGGAACUGAUUGCGAGAGGGAGAGCCACGUUGCGCGACAAACCCUACAAGGUCCUUGCAGAGAGUGGGGAGAUUAUUGUUCUGCCCACUCGUUUCGCCAAUGUCAUCCGGAAUGAGGAGGGACUAAGCUUCGGGGCUGUGAUCAUGCGGGACCUCCAUGGCAAAAUCCCGGGAUUUCAGCCGUUCGGAUUUGUUGACGACGAUAAGAAGAUCCUGCAAGUAGUUGCUCGCAAGCAACUUACCAAGUCGCUCAAUACCAUCACCGAACCGCUCUCUCUCGAAACCGCGUUCGCAGCAAACCUCAUCUUCGGCGAAUCUCAAGAAUGGCACCAACUGCCCCUAAAAGACACGGUCCUCGACCUCGUAGCCCGCCUCUCCUCCCGCGUCUUCCUCGGCCCAGAACUCUGCCGUAACGAAGACUGGCUCCGCAUCACAAAGGACUACACUGUCCUCUCCUUCACCGCAGCCGUCAAGCUCCGCGCCGUGCCCUUCCGUCUGCGCCCCCUGCUCCACUGGUUCUCCGCAGACUGCAGACGCACGCGUGAGUCCCUCGCCGAGGCCCAGAAGCUCAUCGCACCAGUCAUUGAAAAGCGGCGCGCGGAGAAACGGGCAGCCGCUGCCGGAAGCCAGGCUGCUGAGAUGUCGGUGUUUAACGAUGCUAUUGAGUGGGCUGAGGCUGAGGCACAGGGAGGGGCGUACGAUGCUGCCACUUUCCAGCUCACGCUCUCCUUUGUGGCUAUUCACACUACGACGGACCUCCUUGCCCAGACGCUCAUCUACUUAGCCAGGGAGCCGGAGCUGAUCGACCCCCUGAGAGCCGAGAUCGUAGAGGUCCUGAAAGCCGAGGGAUGGAAGAAGAGCGCGCUGUAUAACAUGAAGCUCCUAGACAGCGCCAUCAAGGAGACGCAAAGAAUGAAGCCCGUCUCCAUGCUCCUCAUGCGCCGCCUCGCCACCAAAGACGUGACCCUCCCAGACUCCAACAUCACCAUCCGCCGCGGCGACACCGUCUCCGUCGACACCUACAGCUCCAUCGACCCGACCGUCUACGAACACCCCGAGACCUACGACAUCCACCGCUUCCGCCGCAUGCGCGAGCAGCCCGGCGGCGCCAACAAGGCGCAGCUCGUGACGACGAGCCCGGAGCACCUGGGCUUCGGCCACGGCUUGCACGCGUGCCCUGGCCGGUUCUUCGCCUCCAACGAGGUGAAAGUUGCGCUUUGUCACUUGCUGUUGAAGUACGACUGGAAGCUGGCGCCGGGGUCGCCUUCGGAGCCUGUGAUUACGGGCGCGUCCAUGAAUGUGAAUCCGAAAGCUGUGGUGAUGGUUAAGAGGAGGGUGGAAGAGUUUGACAUUGAUAAUCUUGGGUUUGGGGACCUGGAAGCUUGA